AUGUCUGCAGCCAUGCGGUGUGCCGCCGCCGCGGCAGCUCUACCGUACUUCCUCACAGAAUCGCUGCGUUGCCCGCAUCUGCUGCCGAUUGAAGUGGCACUGCGAGGGCGGUGUGGCGGCGGGCAUGGCGCUCUUCUCCAUCAACGGCGCCUCCUCUCCUCCAGGGCGCCGGCAACGCCACGGAGUUUCUCAUCUACACACACACAGCGAGACUGGUAUCCAGCAGAGAACGCAGCCGCCGCCCCCCACACAUCCGCUGGUGCCGCGCGAGCAGCUUCGGCUACGCCGGCCAGUGCGAAGACUACCCGCUGCAACGUGGACCGUAGCCGUGACACAGCAGCAAGACAGAACGCUGCCACGCCGCCGCCGUCGCCAGAAGCAGUCCACCCAUACUCCGUGCGUGCCUACCGGGCGCGACUCCUGGGUGGCACCUACUUCUCCCUGCGAGAGUUGACGCGCGCCGCCUACGCACCAUCCCCGCUAAAGGUGCUGACAGACCUGCUGCAGCUGUCUGUGAGCCACAGCGGUCACCACGCCGAGCUCUCCUCAAGCUUCGCCUAUGUGGCCUCGUCGCCUGCCGCCUCCACCCCUCUCGCUCAGUCAGGUGCACAAAAUGCGCUGAGCAGAGCACGCGACGUUCAACACGUGCUCCAGCUAGCAUUGACGGAGGCACAGGAUACGAUGCUCGCCGCUCAGACGAUAGGUGACAUUGCAAGCCACGCGGCUCUGGAGGAACUGCUGGCCCAGCUGGAAGCGCUCGCGAACGCGAUGGACGCCUGUGUGCAUGCGCCUGCGUGGACUGUGCCGGUUGCCACACACUUUGCAUUACUGCACGGGCUUCUGAGACUCACCGCCGCGACCGGGUCUCGCCUGCAAGCCCUGACCGCCUUAGACGACCUCCUCUCACUGCAGGAGCGGCAGCCACACCAUAUCUCUGCUCGGCGCGGCAGCGACCAGCACCACGCUGGUGAUGGUGACAAGAACGGGGAUGGAGACGAGGAUGACGGCAGCUUCAGCAUGGAUGACGCCGUCGCCCUUGUCGAUGCGGCAGCGCAGCAGUACGUCGAGCCUGUCACGGCGCAGGACCACCUGUGGGCCAUGCAGGCGUGUGCCAAGAAUCAUAACCGCGACUUCGCCACGACUCUCAGCCUCUACCGCCGUUUUCUGCAGCAUACCGAGGCCGGCAGCUUCGCUGCCACGCCGAGUGACUUUAGUGAUGCACUGGUCGCUCUCGCACACAGCAGCCGCACGACUACGGAUUUCACGGAGUUGCGAGCGCUGCUUAUGGAGAGUGAAGCGGCAGCGGUCGUGCCUGUGAGCGUGCCCCUGUACACAGCCAUCAUCGAUGCAGCGAGCCGCGCCGCUGAGGAGCCCCAACGUAUGGCCAUUGCCCUGUUCAUGUAUCGACGUCUCCGCGACGGGGGGCUGACGCCGACAGCGGACACGUAUGCAGCUCUGAUCGCCUGCUGCGCCUCGACUCGUGAGCCGACGCAGGCCUUUGCCUUCUACCACGAGGCGCGGCAGGUCUGCGGCGUGGCGCGCUUUACUCCGCAAGUGUACACAAACCUACUUCUGUCCUACACAUCUGCUGGCUACGGCGCCGAUGCGCGCAAGACACUCGACGUGCUGGUGGAGGCCGGCGCCCCGCUCUCCCGCGCUAGCUUCCACGCCGUCCUUGCCGGUGCCGUAACAGCACGGGAGGCGCAGGAAGUCGUCGAGCUCAUGACGGAGCGUUACCGCAUUGCCCCAACGCCGCACACCUACGCCUACGUAGCACAAGCGGUGGCGAGGUCGCCGGCAGGGGUUUCCACGGCGCUGCAACUCUUCGACAUUCAUGAAGACGCAAUGCGGGCACUUGCACAGAUGGCGGGCGCGACAGUGUGCUCGCCUGGUCGGGAUGAUGGCGGCGCGGCACAGAUUGCCGUUGGGCAGGCGAUGAGUACGUCAGUGGGUGGAGUGGUGCUGGAGCCGAUGCUGCUAGAGCGCUACCCGCUCUACGUGCGGGCGAUGGAGCACGCCCUCAUGCGGUUGCGCAUCGACCUCAGCAUGGACGGUCGCCUGAGGCCGUAUCUGAUGCCGCUUAUCCGCAUCGCCCAACAACGCAUGAACGCCUUCACUGGAAUGCCGCCGCAAUCACCGACGCAGACCCCUGGCAAGGAGCGCCUCUGCAUUGCCGUGCUGGCAGCCGACGUGCUCGCCAAUGUGGAUGAGUGGGUGCUGCCGUUCAUCUCGCACUAUUCCGUCCUGGUGAUCCCGUACUCGGCUCUUGUGUCGCUGCAGCGUGGUGGUGGGCGGCGCGUCGAUGGCGUCAUGCCCAAAGGUGCCCAGGCGGGUCGGCAUGACGCCGUUUGGCAGGAGACAGCAGGCGGACAAGAGCUGGGCGCGGUGGUGGAGCACCGUCGGCGUCGCCUCGCACGCUUUCUGGAGCAGUACAAGGACGUGAUUCACCUCGUGUCGCUGGAGGAGGAACUGCGCUGGAGUCGCGAGACACGCCGAUACGGGGUCGGGGUGACAGACCUGUUUGCGCGUGCAGCCGUCACGGCGCUGCAUCUCGCGCGGCACGACAGCUCCACCAACGGCGGCAGCGUGUACGCGCAGCACGCCAACGCCUCCGUUGUGCUGGUGUCUGCCAACUACAAUGGAUGCGGAAAGUACGUGGUGGCGCUGAAGCAAGCGUAUGCCGACCGAACGGAAGGCGACACCGCGGGAGUUCGGCCAGCGGAGAGCGCGCCUGGGCUGAGGGCGGCACUGAGCCGGGUGUCGUACCACAACCCGCGAACUAACCCGAACUGGACCCCACCCACGCUAGCCAUUGGCCAGCAGGAGGGGGAAACGGAGAAGGAAAGGGACGGCAAGAGGCAUGCGCCGGCCCAGUCUGCAGGCGUGACGAGCACGACGCGCAUCAGAGGAGAGGAUAAAAGUCAGGAAGGCAGCGCAGCGAGGGAUGCGACCGCUUCGGCUGGCAGAGCUCCUUGCUUCGAUGACGACGGUUGCGGGUCAGCGUGGUAUGCCUCUGCACACGACGCUGAUGCUGCCGGGCAACUCUACCGGCAGACCCUGCAGCUGGCUUCUGCUCGAGAACGCAGGGGUGCACCGAGCGCCCGCAGCGCGAAGGGCUCGAGUAGCAGCGACGGUGUCGAAUCGGGUGUUGCGAUGGACGAAGCAGAAGUGACGCCGCAGCUGCCAUCCAACCAGCACGCACCCACAGCGUCCACGUCGUCUGCACCUCCUCCUCUGCCUCUGCCAGCCCCACCCACCAGCGCAGACGCCGACGACAAGCUCGACGCGUUCCUCCUCAUGUCACUCUUGAACGACUGA